CUCUCCCUGGCUGUCAGGCUCUGGCCCUCCCUCCUCACGCGCAUACUGUAACCCUAUCUAUCUAUCUCUUGGGUGGGUUGGAUCCAUAUCUCUCUCUUCCUCCUGCGCCGUCGCCGGCCGCAUCGAUCUCUCCCUUGGAUCUCAGCCGCGCCGGCCAUGGCUGCUCCGUCAAGUCUUCCUCUCCUCACCGCGCGCACACCUGCCGUCGCCGCUCGCACCCACGCAGGGUGCCCUACGUUUGCGUCUCGCGGCCGGUCGGUCGAUGUGAUCCGUCCGGCCGGACGCGAUCUGAUCCAGCCGGCCGGACACGGUCUCUGCUGAAUCCUAGGCAAAAGCAAGAGCCAGGUUGGAUCUGCGGUCAUGUUUCACUGGAAACCCGGCCGGCGGCGAGGCCACGCGCAACCGCGGGGACUCCUCACGUUGAGGAGCGGCUGCAUCUCCCUGUGUAUUCAUGGCUGGCCAGCACUCACUUAACUACUCAAGCUGGAGUGCCGGAAGCAGCUUUGCCAACACUGCUGUUCAGCAGGCGCUUGUGUACCCAAGCCCAGCCACCAGUGCGGCAAGCAGCCUCGUUAGCGCUGCUCGUGUUCAGCAGGCACGGUACUACUCAGCCGGUGCUGUGGUGAUCGACGAGGAGACUGUCCAAGUGCUAAUCACCGGGGUGGCCAAGUGUAAUUCAGUGGCAAGCAAAUGCCUUGCGGAGAUCCAUACGGUGCAGGAUCUGCAAAUCAUCACCCUCAUUGUCAUUUUGUCUGGUAUUGCGGGGGCCUGGUAUGUUGGACAGCAAGUAAUUGAUCGAGGGUCUGAGAUCCUGGGCCAGGUGCAAAAGCAUGCCCCGGAAAUCUUGGGCGCCGUCUGCGACGAGAUGGUGUACCAGCUGAAGAUACCCUUCCUUGGCAGCGGGAGGCGCCUCGUCUUGCAAGACCAUUGGUUCAAUGACCCGGAGAAGUCGCUGACGAGGUACGAGCAGAGGAUGAGGCGUGAGGCUGCGAGGCAAGAGAUGGACCGGCUUCGACUCGAGGAAUUCAAUCGCGCCCAGGAGGAGAAGAAGCGCGAGGCUGCGCAAAUGUACGAGCAGUCCUUGGCAAGGAAACGAGUCAACGACCAGCUGCUCAAGGACAAGCUUCGUGAGGAGAGGAUACGGCAGUUGACGGGACAGUAGGAGGCAGAGACAGCAGCUGAGCGGUUGUGAUGGACCUGGUUUUGACAUAUUUUUGCCCUGGACUAUUAAUUUUGCUUGCUCCUCCCUUUGUCUGGUUCCAAACUGUCUGUGGAAUUGACUUGAUUAGUCAGCUUUGAAAUGGUAUACGUGGCACGUGCACAGCACAAUGCAAUUUUCCAAACUAAAUAUAAUAUUUAUGUCCUGAUGGAAUGUCAAGUCUGCUCUAUUGUAUGAUAUGAACCUAGGACUGUAUCUUAUUGGGAAUUAAGAGUCACGGAGCCAAAAUUGUACUC